AUGUAUUACUGUAACCAGGAUUUCUUCUACUAUCUCAUCUUUCAAGGCGUGAUUGUGGAGCAUCGAGAUGCGCUUACUAGAGCUGGUGUCUGCAUCGCCGCCACGGGUGGUCGUUGUGGUAUCGCCGACUACAUCGAGAGCCGAUCACAAAGAGGUACAAUGGGAACAAGAGAGUUCCUCGAGCUCAUAUUUCUAGAGCAAUUCUUUCUCUAUGAUAACAACAAUGAUGACUUCUCAAACUUCAAAGUCAAUGCCAGUGUUACAAGCUCUCUGGUUGAAUAUCUCUAUGAUCAACACAAUGAUGACCUCUCAAACUUCAAAGUCAAUGCCACUGUUGCACGCUCUCUGGUUCAAUAUGGCGUUGAAAUCAGCCAAGAAUUCCAAGAAAUACACGGGGCCACGUUCGUACCUUAA